AUGGUGGGGAUUGAAGGCAUCGUAGUCGGGAUAGUUGGCAAUGGAGUGGAAGGAAGUGGAGGAAGAGUGACCUUGGGAGCAGUGGGGAUGGUUGGCAAUGUUGGUUUUGGCAUAGAUGGGAUUUGGGUGCUUGGGAAAGAAGGCAACGUGGGCUUUGGCAGUGCUGGGAUUAAAGGGGUGGUUGGCAAUGGUGGCAAUGCGGCUUUAGGCAGUGUUGGGAAGGAAGGCAGUGGAGGCAAUGUAGCCUUGGGAAUGGGAAGAGAUGGAAUGGUAGGCAGCGGCAAUGCCGGGGGUGGAGCUGCUGUGUCCAGAAGGUGCCGGGCCGCCAGGCUCACAUCAAGGCUUGAUAAACACAAUGCUGCUACCAUCAUAGACAAUAGUAGGAAACAAUGCUUGAAACCUGCCAUAUUGGUUGAUAUAUAG